AUUACACUACAUGAUACUGAUGACGCAGCUUUGAAAUGACACACCAGGGCAGUGAAGUGCACACAUCGCCACUCCUCCACUCCACAAAACAUUGACCGACGUGAACGCAACACCGUUUGUCCAUCAACGAAGACAAUCUGCUGAUUUUUUUCCCCCAGUUGCACUGAGAGAUCCUCGUAAUGUCUAAAGGUACAGUGGUUCUGGCCUACAGUGGUGGACUGGACACAUCCUGCAUUCUGGUGUGGCUAAAGGAGCAGGGCUACGAUGUUAUUGCAUUUUUGGCCAAUAUUGGGCAAAGUGAAGAUUUUGACGCUGCUCGGAAAAAGGCAGAAAACCUUGGUGCGAAAAAGGUUUUCAUUGAUGACCUCCGUGCUGAGUUUGUGACAGACUUUAUCUGGCCAGCUGUCCAGGCCAAUGCCAUCUAUGAGGACCGUUACCUGUUGGGCACCUCCAUAGCUCGGCCAUGCAUCGCCCGCCGACAGGUUGAGAUCGCACGUAGGGAGGGUGCCCAGUUUGUUUCCCAUGGUGCCACAGGAAAGGGAAAUGACCAAAUCCGCUUUGAGCUCACAUGCUAUGCUCUGUACCCUGAAGUUAAGGUCAUCUCACCGUGGAGGAUCCCUGAGUUCUACAACAGCUUCAAAGGAAGAAAAGACCUGAUGGAAUAUGCAGAGAAACAUGGCAUCCCAGUCCCUGUCACUCCUAAAGCUCCAUGGAGCAUGGAUGCCAACCUCAUGCACAUAAGCUAUGAGUCUGGCAUCUUGGAGAACCCAAAGACCCACGCUCCAGGUGACCUGUACCUGAUGACCAAGAACCCAGAAGACUCCCCCAGUACCUCUGAUGUCCUGGAGAUUCAGUUCAAGAAUGGAGUGCCUGUCAAGGUGACCAACAUGACGGAUGGCCACUCCAAGGACUCGGCGCUGGACAUUUUCUCAUACCUCAAUGAGAUCGGAGGAAAGCAUGGAGUGGGCCGAAUCGACAUAGUGGAGAACCGCUUCAUCGGCAUGAAAUCCAGAGGGAUUUAUGAAACACCAGGAGGCACCAUUCUGUUGAAGGCGCAUUUGGACAUCGAAACCUUCACUAUGGACAAAGAAGUUCGACGAAUUAAACAAGGACUUGGAGUCAGGAUCUCUGAACUGAUCUACAAUGGUUUCUGGUAUAGCCCUGAGGGUGAAUAUUUGCGUCACUGCAUUGCUAAGUCUCAGGAGAAUGUGGAGGGCAAAGUACAGCUGUCUGUCUUCAAGGGUCAGGUCUACAUCCUGGGCCGCGAGUCACCCAAGUCCCUGUACAAUGAAGAGUUGGUCAGCAUGGAUGUGCAAGGAGACUAUGAACCAAGCGAUGCCUCUGGAUUCAUCAAAAUCAUUGCUGUCAGGCUUAGGGAGCACCACCGUUUGCAGGGUCUGUCCAGCAACAAACAGUAAAUUGUGCCAGCCCAAGAACCCUCAUCCAUACAGUACAGCUCUCUCCUCUGGGUCUUAGGUAGAAGUAGAUAUUAGACCAUGUUGUGCCACUGUUAUGUACUGUUGCCUUCUUGUCUACUGUGGUUGUAGCUACACCUUCUUGAAACACUAGCAAAUACACCUAGCACUGUUGAAUAUGCUGUAAGAGUUAGAGGAACAUCUACUAACCAUAACAUGAACAUGAUUUAAUGGUUCAGUUUGUAAUAUGAGUGGCUCAGUUGCAGAUUGCACCACUCUGCCACCAACUACAGUAGCUGCUAAAAACUAAAAAAGCUGAAUAAUUUUUUUUCUCUGUUCUAGGCUUUUUAGUUUCAAGGAUAUACAUAGUAGGUGACAGUAAAUCCUUAAAAUUUGAACUGCCACCAUAUACCUAAAGCUGCAAAUGGAUAAAAUUUACCCCUGAGCAUGGUUUCCACAAAAAAAAAAAUUCAUCGUAUUAAGAUAUUCUCUUCACAAAGAAAUGUCUCAUCCCAAUAGAAGUUUGUGUUAGUGACUUACCAACUAUAAAUGCAUUUAUAUAGACGUGCAUUUUACCUACUGGACCAUGUUUAACAGUAUUGAGUGCAGUGGAACACUGUUUCAGGAAAAGUCUAAUUCUAUUUCAUUAAAGCCUAGAGAAGCUCAAGUGAAUAAUAAUUAUGGGUAAAUUUAAAUACUGGCAGCUGUAACAUGGAGACCCACACUAAAAUGGAAAAAGAAUAAGAAGAAAUCCUGCAAAAUUCCUGUAAAUCUGGCACACUGGAGCUUUACACACUCUGUUGUUCAUGUUGUGAUAUCAGGGUAAUUUAAAUUUGUAUUUAUUGUGGGUGAGUAUAUAUUUCUCAAUAUUUUUAUUUCCAGAAUUUUGUCUGCUUCUGCUACUAGUGGGGUAAUACAUGAAGCUAAAUAUUAAAGAUAUCUUUUGUUCCAGCAAUAAAAAUGUUUGAAUU